AUGGAUCAAAUUUUUAAGGAAUUAAAAAUAAUUGAAAAAGUUAUGAUUACACAUAAUGUUGUAAAAAUAGUACUUAAAUACGAAAACAAAUUACCAGAGAUGAUUGUUUCUUCAUUUGUUUUUAUUUAUGAUGAUAAUGCUAAUUAUAGGCCAUAUACACCACUAAAGAUACUUUCUGAUACAACUAUGGAAUUUGCAAUAAAAGUAUAUCAAAAUGGGCUUCUUUCAAGAUACAUAAAUAGUAGGCCACUGGGAUCAUUUUUGAAAGUAAAAUUUUUUAUAAAAAAACUUUCAUAUGAACACAAUAAAUACAAUCAUAUUCUUAUGAUAUCAGGUGGAACGGGUAUUACACCAUGUAUACAAGUGUUAAAUAGUGCAUUAGUUAAUGAAAAUAAAACUAAAUUUACUCUUUUAAACUUUAAUAAAACAGAAAAUGAUGUAUUUUGUAAAGAGUAUUUCAAUGAAUAUGAAAAGUCUGGUAAAUUUAACUUAAUAAAUGUCUACACACAAGACAAUUCAAUUCCAUAUAAAGGACACUUUACUAAAGAGAUGUUUGAAAAGAUUAAUAAGGAGUUUGGUGAAUUUGAUUUUGUGUAUGUAUGUGGUCCACAAAAAAUGAUGAAAGAAGUUUCUGGUAAUAAAAACCCAGAUAAAUCACAGGGUUCUAUUUUAGGAGUUUUAUCAGAAAUUGGAUUUUCAAACAAAAACGUCUAUAAGUUUUAA